AUGGCGUUAAACAAGAUGCGAAACACCAACAGCUUCCUGCACUACAGCUUCCUGCACUACAGCUUCCUGCACUACAGCUUCCUGCACUACAGCUUCCUGCACUACAGCUUCCUGCACUACAGCUUCCUGCACUACAACUUCCUGCACUACAGCUUCCUGCACUACAACUUCUUCCUGCACUACAGCUUCCUGCACUACAGCUUCCUGCACUACAGCUUCCUGCACUACAGCUUCCUGCACUACAGCUUCCUGCACUACAGCUUCCUGCACUACAGCUUCCUGCACUACAGCUUCCUGCACUACAGCUUCCUGCACUACAGCUUCCUGCACUACAGCUUCCUGCACUACAGCUUCCUGAUGAAGGCUGGGGUCCACAGAACAGUGCGGGCUGUAGACACCAUCAGCUCUCUCCUCUCCCAGUUCUCCCACCUUCUCCAGAGCUUCACCGAGGGAGAACUGCAGAAGGUGAUCGGGACUCUGAUUGACAGGAGUAGCAAGAGGAGAGGCAGGAACAGCAGAGAGGAGAGCCAGGAGAGCUCCUCCCGGAGGACCAAGGGAGCUAAGAGUGGGCGCAGGAGGAGGUUAAAGCCGUGCUCUCUGCGGGAGGUGGAAGUGACGGUGGGGGAACUGGGGCUGGGCUACGACAGCGACGAGACUCUCCUCUUCAGGUACUGCAGCGGCAGGUGCACCGCUCGCCGACGACGCAACUAUGACAUCGCCCUGGAACACACGAGGAGGGCGGGGCACAUUAAAAAGGGGCGGAGAGACAAGGUGCAGUACAGCCCGUGCUGUCGGCCUAUCGCGUACGAGAAGGAUAUCUCCUUCCUGGAUAACAACAGUAGAUACCACACGGUGCAGGAUGUGUUGGCGCGGGAGUGUGGCUGUGCGUGA